AUGGGCAACAUUCAUUCGAGCAAAGCCAAAGACGAGACCCACCGUUCCAACCGCCUUUCAAAGCCCCUGACAAAGAAGUUCUAUGUCGGCCAAAGUUCUGAACGGGAAUCAGACUCUCCAACGGUCAGAUCAGGGCUAAUAGGAUGGCAAAACCCUUGGGUUGGCAACACUAUCUCCAGUGCCCCUGUGGAGAAAAGGGGUAGCUAUCCCAAGAAAGCCGAGAUCCCACCUACCCUUUUUGAAACAGAGUCGUCCGAAGAGACCCCGAUUGAGGAUCGAACGUUUAUAUAUGAGCAGAGUCCAACGCAGCGUCAUCCGACCCGUCCAACCCUGUUGAGCGCGAGCUCUUCGAGAAGAACGUCCUACCAAUCGGAAGCCUGGGAAGCAUCUUCCCAACGCUCGCCUCUUUCUGAGCAGCCACCAAGGCGGGCCAGUUCGACUCGAAUUCCCUUACGGAGACACAACAGCGCUGUUUAUGAAAACCACAUCGGGGAUGCGACAUCCUCCAACACCCACUUCUUGGUUGGCAACCAACGAUUCUCAUUAACGCGUCGACGAUCGCUCCUGACACGACCCGGGGUUGCCACAAGACGAACAACAGGCGCAAUCCGACGCGUCCCUUCGCCCAUUGGAGAGCCUGAAUGUCCGAUCGAGGAUCCGACGGAGGUAACCGUUUUGCAAUGGCCAUUGCCUUCGACCCAGCGAUCGCUGCGUUUGCCAUCUCCGGCGCGUCCGACGAGUCCGAUGGAUGCCCGAUAUACUCAGCUCGGGGCACUUAAGUUGGGGUCUUUGCGAGUUGUAAAUGGUUCGGCCUCCCCAUGUCCGAGCGACCGAAUUCCUUUGGAUGGGCCCGGCGCUCCAGGCUCUGGACUUGGGCUUGAGAACAUAGAGGUCAUAGGGCCAACCAGGAAGUCCACGCUGGAGAUUACGUCCCUGCCCGACUUGAAGAAAGUGGACGAUGUUCCAGGCAGUCCAUUCUCUUUCGAAAAGUCUCCUACUAUCACAGUCCACCCUCGGACAAAAUCACUGUUUCCUGGGGAUUCCGAAGAUGAAGGAAUUCUCCUCUUCGACGAUACAAGAAUUCACUUGGAAAAGGGUGCUCUGGACGCUGGUCUUUCCCGGAGCACUUCUCAAUCCCUCAACAAGUCCGACAGUGGCUACAGCUCUGCCACUUCAGUCCACUCCGUACAGCGGAGCCGAACUCACAGUUCUGCUGACUCACAAACAUCUAGCUCAUGUGGUGCAGACAGCUCAAAGAACGUCUGUAUCCCGAGGCCGAAUCGAUCGAGCGAUAAAUUGCAGCCUUCCCUGACCUUGGUGACAAAGUCGGAGAACUACUCAACGCUGCAUCCAGCCACUGCUCGCUGGUACGAUUCAAGCGACCCGACUCACCUCGCUCCAUCGCGAUCGCGUCGGUCAACGUUGUGUGCGCCCCGAUACACGGAAUAUUCUUCGCGCGACUCGUUCCUCGAAGUCAAAUCCACCUCCCUGGUUUAUGUUCCACAGUGUCAAGGCUUCACCAAGGGGCCUUUCUAUGGAGAUCGAUUGUCUAUGGAAUCGUUUGAUCUUGCGUCUAGUACGGGGUCUACCAUAACCGGAGAAUCACCACUCAGUCACCAACAGCACACUACUGAAACGAAGGAGCGACUUCGCAGGUCGGCCUCUGAAUAUCAAAUUAAUGAAGAGUACGCUACACAACUCUCUCGGUCCAACAGCCAACUGGGAAGCAUCUGGAGCAAGAAAUCAAGCGUUGAAGCUCCCCCGCUGCCCACCAUCACGUCCCCAGGCUACUUGCAGGACGACCUAGACCUUGACGCUGAAUUGUCUCCUUCCGAGCCGAUGCGAGGCCGGCCUCGAAGCCGGAGCAAUGACUACCGCCGGAGGUUGACGAAUGCUCGCCAGACAGAUUUGUGCAUAUGA